AUUGCACAUUAGUGUGCGAGCGCUAAACGUCACUCAUCUCUAUUAUUUUGUCAAAAAAAGAAUUUUUACGUGAUUUCACGAAAUCGCGAAUGAAACUGUAUCCUAAAUUUCGCAGAAAAUCGUUCAGUUAGUUGAUAGGUCUACAAGUCAACAUGACGAAAACCAGAUUCAACACCUACGAUGUGGUUUGCUCGGUGACGGAACUUCAAAGGCUCGUUGGGAUGCGAGUGAAUCAAAUCUACGACAUCGACAACAAAACGUAUUUGAUUCGGUUGGCGAGGAACGAGGAGAAGGUGGUUCUGCUUUUAGAAUCGGGCAAUCGGUUCCACACGACCGCUUUCGAAUGGCCUAAGAAUGUAGCCCCAUCCGGCUUUACGAUGAAGCUAAGAAAGCACUUGAAAAACAAACGACUGGAAAACAUGAAGCAGCUGGGGGUGGACCGUAUUGUAGAUUUCCAGUUCGGAACGGGCGAAGCCGCUUAUCACGUGAUUCUCGAGCUUUAUGACAGAGGAAACAUUCUGUUGACCGAUUGCGACUUAAAAAUUCUAAAUAUUCUGCGUCCACAUGUUGAGGGAGAGGAAGUACGUUUUGCCGUUAGAGAAAAAUAUCCAACUGAUCGAGCCAAGGAGGAUAAAGGCCCUCCCCCAAUGGAAAAGGUCAAAGAGGCGGUCGUGAAUGGUCCCGGUGAUGCGUUGAGAACGACAUUGAAUCCCAUUUUAGAGUACGGUGCAUCGGUAAUUGAUCAUGUAGCACUUCAUAAGUACGGAUUGUUUGGAUGCCGAAUUGGAGGCGAGAAUCCCGAAGCCAACUCGGAGUUGCCGAAAAAGAAUAAGAAAAAACAAAAAGCUAUCGCGAAAGAGUUUUCGAAAGUUUUCAACGUUGAAGAAGAUAUGACAUCGCUGAUGUGUGCGAUUAAUGACGCAGAGACUAUGCUACGGAAGGCUAUGAAGGAGCCGUCCAAGGGAUUCAUUGUUCAGAAGAAGGAUCUGAAACCUGUGAAGGAUAAAGAGGGGGAAGAGUUUUAUUACACCAAUUUGGAGUAUCAUCCUUUUCUAUAUAAUCAAUACAAGGGUGAACCAGUCAAGGAGUUCGAUAGUUUUACCGCUGCAGUGGAUGAGUUUUAUUCUACUCUAGAAGGGCAAAAAAUUGAUUUGAAGGCUUUCGCCCAAGAAAGGGAAGCACAAAAGCUGUCCAACGUCCGUACAGAUCAUGCAAAACGAUUAGAAGAUCUAACGAAAACGCAAUUGGAGGAUCGUAAAAGGGCUGAACUUAUCACAAGAAAUCAGAAUCUUGUGGACAGUGCGAUUUUGGCGGUACAGAGUGCGUUGGCCGCUCAAAUGUCGUGGUCAGACAUCCAGGAUUUGGUCAAGGCAGCUCAAGCCAAUAAUGACCCCGUGGCAUCCUGCGUUAAACAACUGAAGCUGGAGAUUAAUCACAUUUCGUUGAUGUUGAAGGAUCCAUAUGCAGCGCUGGAGGAUGAAUGUGAUGAUGAGGAGGAAAGCGAUCGGGAAGAUGGAGAGGAUAAGCUGGAACCAAUGGUGGUAGAUGUAGACUUAGCUAUGACGGCUUUUGCCAAUGCUCGACGUUAUUACGAUCAGCGUCGAUUUGCUGCCCGGAAAGAGCAGAAAACGAUUGAAUCGUCAUCGAAGGCUUUGAAAAAUGCCGAAAAAAAGACAUUGCAAACAUUGAAAGACGUAAGGACACAAACAACGAUUUCGAAAGUCCGCAAAGUCUAUUGGUUUGAGAAGUUCUACUGGUUCAUUAGUUCUGAAAAUUAUUUGAUCAUUGGUGGCAGAGACCAGCAACAGAAUGAAUUGAUAGUCAAACGUUACAUGCGACCAACAGAUAUUUACGUACACGCUGAGAUUCAGGGCGCCUCAAGUGUCAUUAUAAAGAAUCCCUCCGGAGAAGACAUUCCACCAAAAACUCUGCUCGAGGCAGGAACCAUGGCCAUCUCCUACAGCGUUGCAUGGGAUGCCAAAGUCGUAACCAGCGCCUAUUGGGUCAAAAGUGAGCAGGUUAGUAAAACUGCACCAACUGGAGAAUAUUUGACCACUGGAAGCUUCAUGAUUCGAGGAAAAAAGAACUUUUUGCCACCCUGUCAUUUAGUUCUCGGUUUAAGUUUCAUGUUUAAACUAGAGGACAGCUCUGUGGAACGACAUAAAGGUGAAAGAAAGGUUCGAACGUUUGAUGAAGAGUCUGUGAUAAGCAAGGACGACCGAUCCGAAAUAUCCGAAGCUCCUGAUCAAGAAAUUCAACUCGAAGAAGGGGAUUCCGACCAUGAUGAGAAAGAUGUUGCUGGAACACAUGAGCCCAAUGAAGCUAUUGAAAAUGAAGUGGAAUCUCUUUCGUUGAAGGAGGAAGCAGACACUGCGGAUCAUCCAGUGGAUUCGGAUUCUGAUACAGACGAUAGUGACGGUCUAAAAUUCCCUGAUACACAUGUGAAAGUCGAGCACGAUACGGGAAAAGUAUCUGUUCAAGCUGAUCCUGUUCUCCAACGUCUUACUUCCGAGCCGGAUCCGGAGAAUGUUAUCUUUUUAGGUGAUAAUAAGCCGUUUAUUAUAACUCCAGCCCCACCACGUAAAAAGCAAAUUCAAAAGAGUAAGCAAAAAGCCAAGGAUAAAGAAAGGGCUCGAGAGGAAGCGGCUGCCAAAAAUAGGAAGGAAGAAUCCCAGAAGCAAGGUCAACUG